AUGGAUGCAUUUGUUGGGAAAGGAGCAUUCGUAUUCCCGCAGUCUAUGAUCCGGAUCAGGCCUUUUGCAUCACUCUUCGCUGAUAAUCGCAAACCAUCACUAGGCCUCAAAUUAACCCACACCCCCCCUGGAAAGGCGGCUUGGCAUUUACGAAUCACUAAGAACGAGCCAAAGAUACAAGCCGGAAUGACGAGACGUAUGAAAGCACAGAUCGGCCCCUAUCACUUAAAGCUCUCGCACGGGGGGUACCAGGAUGUAGAAGUAGGGGAUGGGAUGACGACCCUGAAGACAGAAACUGACCUAUCCAAGGAAAUACCUGAAGAGACUGACGCAAUCCGGGUUGAAUUAGAGACAGGUCCAGGCGGUCUGGCAGCGAAGUCUGCUGGCAAUUCCUCCACUAUUCAAGAAAAUGGUGUCAGUUGA